AUGUUUACGCAUAUCUUUUCGAAGGACAUAUUUUCUCUUCUCACAUGCACCAAAUCUGCCUUUAGUGGAGUCAAAGGGCCCAGCUGUAUUCCUACAUGCAUCUAUCUAUCUGUCUAUCUAUCUAUCUAUCUAUUCUCUCUGUCUUCGAGCAGAGUCGGGACUCUGUCUACGGACAGAAACUCGGCAGAGAAGAAUAAACAAAAAAUAACAUCUAUCUAUCUAUCUAUCUAUCUAUCUAUCUAUCUAUCUAUCUCAUUCUCGAGUUAUAACAUCUAUCUAUUUAUUUCUAUCCGUAUCUAUCUAUCUAUCUAUCUAUCUAUCUAUCUAUCUCAUUCUGUUAAUAUCUAUCUAUCUAUCUAUCUAUCUAUCUAUCUAUCUCAUUCUGAGCGAGUUAUAACAUUUAUCUAUUUAUUUCUAUCCAUUAAUAUCUAUCUAUCUAUCUAUCUAUCUAUCUAUCUAUCUAUCUAUCUAUCUAUCUAUCUCAUUCUGUUAAUAUCUAUCUAUCUAUCUAUCUUUUCAUAUCGAAUGAGAUCACUAAACUAG